AUGAAGGAUUAUUAAUGUUCUUUAUUAGCUGCGUAAAAAACAAUCCUGUAAAAAGAAAAAUGUAGAGGUUUGGUGAAUUUCAAAACAUAAAUGAAUCAAAAAGAAAUUUAUAAAAUUAUAGCUACUUAUAGUAAUUUAAAAUCAUAUUAUUAAAUAGAGAGAAGACAAGAACAAUUAGUAGAGAGAUUAAUGAAUUUUGGAAUUGCAUAUGAAGAUGUGUAAGAUAUCCAUUAAGCAGAUGUCAUAGAGAUCUGA